AGCCCGUCUCCUAGAUGUGUCACAGUGCCGCUUCUCCCCCAUUGAGAUUCCCAUACUGUCCCACACUGUGCCCUCCUCAUCUCUUCCCAUCACUCUGGUCUGUGGGUCCCAGAGAAUUUCCCUGGUGGUCACCCAUCUUUAUCUCUCUCCCUCUGGACUGAGGGCUCCCACGCCCCACUUGGCCUCCCAUACAAUCACGCUGAUCUGAAGGCACCUACCGACCUGCAGCUUUUCAUUCGUUGACGCUUUUYUUGGGACCCGGCUCAAGAUGCCAGAGCCCACAAAAAAAGAUGAGAUGCCCAAUGGUGAAAAAGAGAGUGUUGCCACAGACAGUAGUGAGGCGCCAAUGCCCACACCUGAAAUAUCCCUCGAGGUCUCACCUCCACCCGCAGAACAACCGGUAGAGACUGAGGGGAAGGAUCCACAGCCCAUAGAGUUGAUUAAGCCUGUACAGCCAGAACCAGUAGAGAAUGGGUCUAAAGAACCAGAACCAGAGGCGGUUGCGGUUGCGGUCGGGGCUAAAGAGCAAGUCGAGUCUGUGAACUCUGAAGUAAAGGAGGAGGCCCCGGCCCCGUCCCUUUGCUCACCCCCACCGCMUGCAACCAUGAAGGAGGAAGCAGAGCCAGUUGUUACGGAGGUUAACCAACCGCCAGAGCCUGUUGUUACAGUGGUUACCCCACCACCACCCCCACCUCCAGAACCAGUUGUUACGGAGGUUACCCAACGUCCAGAGCCAGAGCCUGUUGUUACAGUGGUUACCCCACCACCACCACCCCAUCCAGAACCAGUUGUUACGGAGGUUACCCAACGUCCAGAGCCAGAGCCUGUUGUUACAGUGGUUACCCCACCACCACCACCCCCACCUCCAGAGCCUGUUGUUACAGUGGUUACCCCACCACCACCACCCCCACCUCCAGAACCAGUUGUUACGGUGCAGGUUACCCCACCCCCACCUCCAGCAGAUAAAGAUGAUGACGCUACAACCAACACCCCAUCACCACCGCCCCCACCAGAGGAUGCCAAUACAGCCAAGAAACUGUCUAUUGAGCUGCCUAAUGAUAGCGUCCAUGUGUCAGCCAUGGGGAGAAAAGACUCAGUGUGGUCUCUGGGAGAGGGACAGGCUCCAGAGGACCUUGACAAGCCCGUAGACACCCCACCGCUGUCCAGCCUGCUCAUAGAAAGACCCCAGGGCGGAUCCAUCACUGUGGGUGGAGACAUCUCCUUUGUUGCCAAGGUGGAGGCCCAAGACCUGCUCCGUAAACCCACCAUCAAGUGGUUCAAAGGGAAAUGGAUGGACCUGGCCAGCAAGACCGGAAAGCACUUACAACUGAAAGAAACCUUUGACCGACGCACCAAGAUUCACACAUUUGAGAUGCAUAUCAUCAAGGCCAAAGACAACUAUGCUGGAAACUACAGGUGUGAGGUCACCUACAAGGACAAAUUUGACAGCUGUUCCUUUGACCUGGAAGUGAAAGAACUGGAACAGUCACAGAGUGUUGAUAUUCGAUCAGCUUUCAAAAGAAGCAGUGAAGGACACGAGGAUGCAGGGGAUCUUGACUUUAGUGGUCUUCUUAAACAUAGAAACCAAAGGGAGCCCAAGCAGGAUGAGACCCCCGAAGUGGACGUGUGGGAGAUCCUGAAGUCGGCCAGGCCAGACCAGUACGAGAAGAUUGCCUUUGAGUAUGGCAUAACAGACCUGCGGGGUCUGCUCAAGAGGCUGAAGAAGACCAAGAAAGAGGAGAAGAAGAGUGAAGCUUUUGCCAAGAAGUUGGAUCCAGCAUACCAGGUGGACAAAGGAGGGAAGAUCCGCUUAGUGGUGGAUCUUGCAGACCCCACAGUAGAGCUGAAAUGGUACAAGAAUGGCCAGGAGAUCCGUCCAACUCCAAAUCAAAGGAAGUUUAUCUUUGCAGCAAAAGGGCACACAGCGGAGUCACUGGUCCGGUGUAAGAAUGGCGUGGAGGUACCGACCGGGCCCCGGUCACGCUACCGUGUCAAGUCUGAGGGGCUGAAACACUGGCUAAUCAUUGACGAUGCCUCAAAGGAGGACACUGGAACCUUCUCCCUUAUGGCCUCUGGGGGCACCUCUGAAGCCAAAGUCCAGGUUGAAUUGAAGCCACUGAAGAUUAUUCAAGAUUUGCAGGACAUGACAGUGCUUUUGGGCCAGCCACUGAAGAUGCACUGUGAGAUCUUCCCUGGGAAUGUUCCAGGUCGCUGGUACAGGAACGGACAGUUGAUCCAGUCCAACGACCGCAUCAACAUCCUGCAAAGAGCCAAGAACCACCGAUUAGAAAUUGUGAACAGCACCAUUCACGAUGCCGGGGACUAUACCUUUGUGCCAGAGGGAUACUCUCAGAGCCUCUGUGCCAAAGUUCAUAUCGUUGAUCCUCCCAGGGUGCACCUGGAGAGCUUGAACUUCCCUGACAACACGGUGACCAUUGUGGCAGGUAAACUCCGCGUGGAGAUCCCCAUCAGUGGAGAACCAGCACCCAGAGUGGUGUUGAAGGGAGAGAGGGUAAUCCUUGACUCGGGCCACCGUGUGCGAGCUGAAACCUUCUCGGACCACACCAGCCUCACCAUCGACAUCGCAGAGAAGGAAGACACAGGAAACUAGAUAGUCCUGCAGAAUGAGGCUGGGGAAGCAGAGGCUAGCAUCAAAGUCAAGGUGGUGGAUAUCCCAGACCCUCCUGAAGUUCCCCUAGUCACGGAGGUGGGAGGAGACUGGUGCUCUAUGACAUGGGGACCCCCGAUCUAUGACGGAGGCUCACCCAUCUUAGGCUACUUCAUCGAAAGGAAAAAGAAGCAGAGUUCCAGAUGGAUGAGGCUGAACUUUGACCUGAACAAAGAGACCACAUUUGAGCCUAAAAAGAUGAUUGAGGGUGUCCCGUACGAGGUGCGCGUCUUUGCUGUCAAUGCCAUCGGCGUGUCCAAACCCAGCGAGCCAUCCAAAGCCUUUGUACCCCUGGCGGUGACCAGCGAGCCCACCAUGCUGGUGGUGGAUGAUGUCACAGACACCACGGUGACCAUGAAGUGGCGUCCCCCAGACACCAUCGGAGCUGCAGGCUUAGACGGCUACCUGGUGGAGUAUUGCAUCGAAGGAACUGAUGACUGGAGAGUAACCAAUAAGGAGCUGACAGAGAAGACUAAGUACACCAUCACUGGCCUCCCUCCAGAGGCUAAGAUCCUGGUAAGGGUAAGGGCCAUCAAUGCUGCCGGCGCCAGCACUCCCAGAACACUUCAGCACUCUAUCCUGGUCAAAGAGGUCAUCGAACCACCUAAGAUCCGCAUCCCCCGUCACUUGAAGCAGACGUACACUCGUAAAGUCGGAGAAGCCGUCAAUCUCGUUAUUCCAUUCAUGGGCAAACCCAGGCCAAAGGUGAGCUGGCUGAAGGAGGGCCAGACGGUGGACCCCACGCAGGUCACUAUCCGCAACACAGACUGUGACAGCAUCAUCUUCAUCCGCAAAGCAGAGAGGAAGCACUCUGGAAAGUACGAUAUGAAGGUGGAGGUGGAGAACCACGUGGACACAGCCAUCGUAGACAUCCAGAUAGUAGACCUCCCAGGGCCUCCACAGUGUGUGAAGAUAGAUGAGGUCUGGGGGGGAAACGUGGCUCUGGACUGGACCCCUCCAAAGGACAAUGGCAAUGCCGCCAUUACAGGCUACACCAUCCAGAAAGCAGACAAGAAGACCAUGGAGUGGUACACGUGUAUUGAGCACUACCACCGCACCUGCAUCACCAUCACCGAGCUGGUGGUGGGGAACGAGUACUACUUCAGAAUCUACUCUGAGAACAUGGUGGGUCUGAGCGAGGGUGCCACCCAGACCAAGGACAGCGCCCUCAUCGUUAAAGAAGGCAUGCAACUGAAGAACCCAGAGUAYAUCGACCACGACUUCAAAGAGCCUCCCAAGUUCACCCAGCCCCUCAUCAACACCUUCGCCAUCGCUGGCUACAAUGCCACCCUCAACUGCAGCGUCCGCGCCAACCCACGGCCCAAAGUGAUUUGGAUGAAGAAUAAGAUAGCCAUCAUUGACGAUCCGCGCUACCGCAUGUUUAGCAACCAAGGGGUCUGCACCCUGGAGAUCCGGAAACCCAGCCCCUACGACGGGGGCAUGUACUCCUGCAAGGCCAUUAAUGACCUGGGUGAUGCACUAGUGGAGUGUAAGCUGGAGGUUAAAGGGGGCUUUACCUUCUCUGAGCUCAUGCAGCGUGGAGUGCCUUUACACCUGAUCGAUAAGUACAUGAGCGAGACCAAGGCCGUGGAGCAGCCAGAGAAGUAGUCGGACUGAGCAACCGCUGAUACGCCUAGGAUGCCCGGAAACCUGACGUCACACCACUAGUGAUCUGCCUCUAACCAGCAGUCGAGGGAGGAGCUGGACUUUGGCAUGGCAUGCUGUGUAUGGAGCUAGUUACCAUAGAAGAAGCCAAUUCAUCACCAGCUUUGUGUCAUCUCCUAGUAUUCAAAAGGCUCUGUUUAAGCUCAGUUGCAUGUUGGCAGUGUGUUGGCUGUAGCUUUUUAUUUUAGAUGAGUAGUGCGGGAAAUGUAUAGUAGGACGAACUGUAAUUUCCACCUAUGUGGACAUGUUUUGUCUCUGUUGGGAUUGGGAACUGUGUUUAGGGGAGGGGGCGAAUGUUGAAAUGUAUAAACAAUAUGGCUUGGUGUCUGUAAUGCAAUGUCUUGUGAUUAAAGAUUUAACUUCAGAAGAUACAAAUAUUAAAACAUUUCUGAUCAGGUGAUUUGCAAUGAGAAUUUACAGUAUUUCAUCAGUCCCUUUAAAAUGCUUCACAUUAGGAUUUUCUGAUUUCAUUUUCUGGUCUUGGAGUAUGAAAAGUAUAGUUGUCUGACUAAUGUUGAGAUUUGGGCUUUCAAACAGACAGUUAUCCAUCUUUUUGUUUAAGCCUUACACUGCAUGACACAUUGUGCUUUCUGUGCUCAUACUGUACUUCAUACUGUACUUGAUUAUAUUCUUAGCCGUCAGGCCAUCUGCGCAUGUUUUAAUCUUAAAUUUGUAAUGUAUGACUCCUGGAAUAAAAUAAAAACAUGUAACAUAUCA